AUGAACAAAGAGGAAUGUGGGAAAAACUCAUCUGUAGUUAGUGUUGAGCUCUACACUCAUCACCGUUCCAUUCAAAACAUCGUAAAAAAGUUGCAGGAGGCUGACUUACAACUGACUGCUGUUCAUCUAGUUGACUCUCAUUAUUGCAAUGAUCCUGGGAAGUUCAUAGCUGUAGCACUUACAUCCCUUUCCACGAUGCUUUGGAUGGAACUUCCUCAUGUGAAUGUUCUAUCUAAGGUUGACAUCAUAGAGAAAUAUGGAAGAUUGCAUUAUAAUUUUGAUUUCUAUACAGAUGUUUUGGAUUUGAAAUUUCUGGUUGAUCAGUUGGCAGAUGAUCCAUUUAUGGCAAAAUUCAAAAAACUAAACAUAGCUUUAACAGGAAUCAUUGAAGAUUACAGUCUUGUUUCAUUCGUUCCUCUUAACAUACAGGAAAAGAGAAGUAUGUUCAAUGUUUUAAGUGCUGCAGACAAAGCAAAUGGUUACAUUUUUGGACAGAAUGAAGAAAGGAACAUUUUUUCUUUGCUUUCUGUUGCAAUGAGAGCCAAUUUAGAUAGCUGUGAAGAAGGCGAAGUUCAGGAUAUAAGUGAAUAGUGAGUGGCAGACUACUCAAAGAA